AUGAAAAGUGUCACCACCUUUAUAGAGCUAUUCCAGGAGCUAAACUACAACCUUUCAGAGAAAAGGUUAAGCUCGUCGAGUGCAGUAAGCGUGGGUAAACAGGAAAUUUUUGCGAUCAACGGAUCACUCAAUGUUUUGACUGCUGCUACUCCGGUAAGCUCGACCCAAAUUGAAGCUUUGCGAAAGUGCGUUGGCGAUAUAUACAGCUCAGUGUGCUAUGAAGAUGAAUGUGAAGAAAGGAUUAGUCACUUCUUGAUCAAUCUACACUUGAGCGAGUUCAUGAGGUACCACUUUUGUGAUUUUGUGAAAUCCUUAUGGCCUAUAUUAGUGAAGGUGAACACUAAUGUUUGUGACUCGGUACUUUUCCAUAAACUCGUGUACGAUUCAUUGAGUAACUGCCCUGUUUGGAAUUGGAUUAGCUCAACUAUAUUGGUUAAAAUCGCCACGAAUGACACCACUGGCCCUCUAAUUAAGGAAGCACUUGCUUCAAGGGAAAAUUUCGCAAAAUUUGAGCGGAUGAAGUACCUCAAUCGAGACUUUACGACGUUGAUGAAUCUUAUCAAACUACUUACAACUGUGGGGCUCGAAGCAUCCUUUCUUCCCAAUUUGACACAACCUUACAUAAGGUAUAUUCAAACCGUUAAUCCAAACUUUAAAAAUUUGAUUCAGUGUGUGCUUGAAUCAGAUGUUGCAGAAUUAGCAAGUCGCCAAUGCUAUGUCCAACCCGUAGAUCGACACUUACUUCACAUUUGGGUUGAGUCGAAGCUGGAAACACUUUGUCACCACAUCAACCUCAAAUGUCUUGAUUCAUUCAGAACAUUUCCAAACUUGAUAAUCAAACUUAAUGUAUCGUGUACCAUGGGUCCAAAAACGCGAUCAAAAAAAGUACCAGCGGAAUCAUUCAUAACAUCGUUGGCGGCCGUACUCGCGGACGGAACUCAUAAAAAGAGGUUGGAUAUGCUGUUGCAAAUGAAAGAUGUUUUACACUUCAAUUGGCUAGUUCAAUAUUUGAGCUUACUACAAAAGAAGAGAAAGGUUGCUGCCGUAAGCACGGUACUGCAAUGCCAGGUUUCUCCCAGUCGUAAUAUUGAACUCACGAAUGAAAAAACCAGACUUCAAAGCUUUUCGAAUCGAAGAACUAAACUAGCAAAUUUGUCUGACAAUGGCGACCGCAAAGGUAAACCCACUCGCAAGAGGAAGAAGAUUUCUGACGAGUGGGAUUUGACCCUGGAUUUUGAAUCAUCCUUUGAGCAAAUCGAAACAAAUGGUCGUAAACACGAACCGAGAGCAGUUUUGGUACAGAAUAACGGUACUUCAAGUACUGGUGUUGACUGUGGAGGCUCGGUGGAAAAAGAUGCCAAAGCAAGAAAAACCGAAAGAAGGAAGAGCACGACGUCGGGGCAGAGUGGACUUGAAGAUGGAGAUGGCAAAGAUACUCAUGAACCUGGUGAGUGUUUGCAUUUUCUGACGGAGGAUGCGAAUUGCACCAAACAAUCUUCAAAGUUGUUUGUUGCAGAUGAAAGUUCAAAGCUUGAACAAAGUGAUUCGUCGCAGGAAAUCAUUGCUCCGAAAGAGCGUUACGAUAAGUUGGCAACAUCUCAAGCACCCUUGAUGCUCAAUGUGCAGGCUCCUGUACGUACCUCGACCCCUAUCAACGCAGAGUUCACCGAGUUUCCUACAAUUACCGAUAAGACUUCGGAUACUGAAGGAACUGUUAAUGUAAUGCAAGAAGCUUUGAAAUUAUUUUCCUCGAAUUUGGUAAAUAAAUUGAAGAGGGUGGAGUUUGAGGUGCUCCACAAGAGAAAUGAUUUGCAAGCCCAGGUGGACCAGGAGUAUAACAAGAUCGAGCAGAUGCAACGUGCAAAGUUGAAGGAGAUUCAAGAAUAUUGCAAAAAUGAAUUAAAUAAAAUUGUAUAA